CGUGUGAAGGGGCGCACACUCUGUCGGAACUGAUGCAAACAGAACUCCCAGAGAACGAAACGCCUCUGAGCCAGAGUCCCGACACAACACUGUGCAUUAUAUACUCGAGUGGCACUACGGGAUUGCCAAAAGGUGUAGAGCUGACCCACCGCAACAUUAUAGCUCAAGUGACAGCAUACAGGUAUAUGGACCAUGUAUUUGAGGUGGGAGAUUCCUUCCUGUGCUCAGUUGCAUUUAUGCACAUUGGCGGCUUCUGGUCUUGCUUCUGCUAUCUCGGACUGGGAUGCAAGGUGGUUCUUUGUGAUGCAACUGACGUUGAAUCAACGUUGUCUGCCAUACAGGAACACAAGCCGACGACAGCUGGGCUCUAUCCCACCACCAUCCGCCAACUGGAUCAGUGCCCAAACUACGAGGACUUCGACACAAGCAGCCUGACAAAAAUUAUAUAUGGCGGCGGAUCAGUGAGCGUGCCUAUAUCCGACAGUGUCAUCAGAAAGUUCGGCUUGAAGGAAAUUGUGCAAGUUUACGGCAUGACAGAGCUCACCAGCUGCCUCGCAUGUUCAUCCUAUCUGGACGACUUGAAGAGUGUUGGAAAACCUGCUCCUUUCUUUGAAAUAAAAGUGGUGGACUUUCUAACACGCAAACCCCUGGGACCAAAUCAGCAAGGUGAAGUUUGCGCGAAGAGUCCAGCCGCCUUCAAGGCCUAUUUGAAUCAACCGAAAGCGACAGCUGACGCCUAUGAAGAUGGAUUCGUCCGCACUGGGGACAAGGGCUACUACACGGAGGACGGCAGCAUCUUCUUGUGCGGUCGGUUCAAGGAACUCAUAAAGUGCAUGGACCAGCAGGUAUAUCCAGCCGAGCUAGAAGAGCUGCUGGCUUCAGACCCCGAGGUGCGACACGUGAUCGUGGCCGGGGUUCCGCACUCACAGUAUGUUGAGGCUGCCCGGGCAUUCGUUGUGCACCAGCGCCGCCUUACGGAUCCCCUCGAACAGCAGAAGGAAGCGGAGAGGCUGAAGAAACUCGUCGCCGAUCGACUGGCGCAUCACAAGCAGCUGCAUGGCGGUCUUGAGUUCCUCGACUGCAUCCCAGAAUCUGAAUACGGAAAACAUGCGCGCAAGUUUCUUAGGGAAAGAUAUAUUCACCGGUGCCACAGCAGCGACGAGAGCGGGAAUGCAAUUACAAGCGAGAAUGAUUGAUUUUUCUUGUAUAUUCAAUGGCAGCAUACAUGAGCCAUCUGAUGAUGGUGGUUUUAUUCACAAUAUUGGU